ACGAGAGUAACAUCCUCGCGCUGAUCGUCCCUCGUCUGCAGUUGCAACCACCCUGCACAUAUUCGCCUCCGCCAUCAUCCGUGGAUGAUUUCGAGGACAACGAGCAAGAUAUACUUCGCCGUGCCGUGUUUACCUGUCGCCUACCGCUCGAGGAGGAACUCGAGCGUGCCGCCCGCAAGAAAUGGCUUACAACUUUCCAGGAGUGCCAGCAACCGCUAUGCCGCCCAUGGGCAUGGGAGCGAUCGGUCCGUUGGGUAUACCCGGACCGCAGGGCUUCAUGGAACUCGCGGGUCAGGGGUUCCCGCCGCUGCCGCCACCCAUACCGCUGCCCGGGAUGAACGACUCGCCGUUGGAGUUCAGUACGAACAAGAAUCAGCCUCCGGUAGUGCGGGAAACUUCGGACGACAGUAACGACAGGAGAAAUGAUAAGAACGACAACAGGAGAGACCGGGAGAACAGGGAUAGCAGGGAAACACGAGAUACCAAUAGGAGGUCGAGAAGCGAGCGCAGCGACAGACGUGACAGAGAUCGGGAACGGAGGGAAGAGAGAAACGAACGCGACAGGAGGGACGAUCGGAGAAUCGAGGAGAGAAACAACGGGAAUUCUUCGAAAAACAAUAAUGCUCAUUCGAAUAAUUCGAACAACAACGAAAUUCUUUCGUCGACCAACACGAACAAUACACCGAGUAUAGGCGCAACACACAUAGAGCCCACCACUAGUGUCUGGGGUAUGGGGGUAGGUUAUUCCAUGGUGGGAAUGGGUCCUAUGGGACCGAUGGCGCCUAUGAUGAGCGAAAUGGCAUUGGGCCCCCACAUGAGCCACACGCACGGCUACAACCCGAUGGGUAUGGGCAUGAUGUCGCAUGACGGAAGUAUGAUAGGCGCACAGAUACUGGGCGCCGAGCAGAUCAUGACGGACGCAGCGCAAAUAAUGACCGCGAGCUUGCCACCGCCGCCUACGACACCUCAAGGUACCAAAGAGAUUAUACACUGUAAGAGCUGUACGUUGUUCCCACCGAACCCGAACGCCCCGCCACCCACCACGCGAGAGCGGCCACCGGGGUGUAGGACGAUCUUCGUCGGAGGGUUACCUGAAAAUAUUACCGAAGCUAUAAUACAGGAGAUAUUCGAGCGAUGCGGGGAGAUCACCACUCUGCGUCUGUCCAAGAAAAACUUCUGUCACAUACGCUUCGUGCUGGAAGCUAGCGUCGACGCGGCGAUUUAUCUGUCUGGCUACAGGGUGAGAAUAGGAUCCAGUGGCGACUCUGCAAAUACAGGCAGACUGCAUGUAGACUUUGCUCAGGCUAGAGAUGAUCAGUAUGAAUGGGAAUGCAGACAGCGACAGUUGCAAAGAGAACAACGUCACAGAGAGAGAGUGGAAAAGGAGAGGCAAAGACCACCGUCGAGUCCACCUCCGGUGGUGCACUACACGGAUCACGAGGCAUCGAAUAUCUGCGAAAAAAUUAAGCAAGACGACACGUUUAUGAAGGCGGUGCAGGUAGUCGUAACGUGGUUAGAACGAGGAGAUUGCACGAAACGUAACGCCAAUAUCUUCUACUCGAUGAUACAGUCGACGAACUCCCACGUGCGCCGACUGCUGACGGAGAAGGCCGCUUAUGAGGAGGAGCUGCAGAAAGCGAAGGAACUGAUGAAGGGACGCAUGCAAGGGCUUCUCAUACAAUUCAGUCAGAUCGAACGAGUCUUUACUGCGGCCAGCCACAAGAAGGUCUGGGAUCACUUCACUAAGGCGCAACGGAAGAACAUCGAAAUGUGGAAGAAGCAAUCUUCGGAAAUAAAAGCGGUGCAGCUGGAGGACAGUCUCAUGGAGGGUGAGGGCGAGAUGGACGUGUCGGACUCGGAGGAGGAGCCGCAGCGUAAGAAAGGCCGCAAUCCGUCGGACGGCAACGAGGACGCCGAGAGGCUGCAGGCUCUCAAGGAGGAGAACGACAGUCUGAGGUGUCAGUUGGAAGCGUACAAGAACGAGGUGGAUCUCCUCAAGUCGGAGACGAAGGCCGAGAUGGACGGCAAGGAGAAGCAGAUGAAGAUGCUGCAGAAGACGCUGAAGGGUAUGCAGGACCAGCUGAUGCAGUCGCGAAAGCAACAGGCGCAGGACGACCAGAAAAUUAAAGACCUGACGGUCAAACUGAACGCCACGAAGAAGGAGGAGCCCAGGGAGAGCGAGAUCAUCACUCUCGACAAAGACGACGACAUAAGCGAGGAGUCACGCACGCCGAAGCAGCACAUUCUUGCCCCCAACUUCGUGCAAGUCACCCAAAAGGAUGCGAAGCUUAUCGGACUGAUAGCGACGUUCCUGCACAUUCAUCCGUUCGGUGCGAGCGUGGAUUAUUUAUGGUCGUAUCUGCAGAAAAUGGAACCCGGUAUCAAACCAAAUGAAGUGGAGGUUCUGAUGCAACGCUUCCCGCAGGUGUUUAAGCAGGAACUGUUCGGCAUCGGCGCGAAUAUGGAGAGGCGUUGGCAGUUUUCAGGUUUUAACGUUUAUCGCAAUCACUGAUAAAAUCGACUUAGACGAUUGAAUGUAAAAAGUUACGAAAAAUUA